GUUCACUUCAUUAGGAUUCUUAUGCUUCGGAGUCCCGAUUCGUACUUCGUGGAAUGCUCGUUGGUGUCGCCCUUGGAGUUAGGAACCAAAUUUUAGCCCCCACCAGAUUCUUCUGUUGCGUGGUCUUCUGCGAUUGGGUGGUUGGUCAUCUACGAUUGGACGACGGCACCGACGCUUUCACUUCUCUUGAGGGGGUGCCUUGAUAUAUAAAGGCAGGAAGUUAGGGGCAGGCAGGACUUCAACACCGAACUCCGGAGUGACUAUCGCUGAACUGAAGAACGAUCCUGCAGAAUCGGAAUUUUACCGUUUGUUGCAAAGGCACUGAUCACUAGAUUGGAGCCACUAUGGAGGAGGAGCCGCAAGAGACGCCCUCAGACAAGAAUGACAAAAGUGUCGAUAAUGAAAAUAAGGAAGCUGAUCACAGUGCCUCUGAAGAUGCUGCCAGAGCCCUUGCUGAAGCAGCCAUUGGUCAGGCUCAAAACACAAAACCAUUCCAUCUUGGAUCGAAGAAUAUUGCCAAUCAGACGUUUGGUUCACACAAAAAUUUGAAACUCUCGACCUUUUAUGGAAGGGGAAAUAAAAGAAUAUUUGCAGAGGUGAGGCGCAACCUACUUUCUGAAGAUUUUACCUUGUGCAGCUGUCCAGACAAACUGCACGCAAUCUCAAACGCAUCAUGCAACCUCAACAUGAUAAUAGCAAGCUCAAACAUACAACCGUCCAUGCAGUGGAUAUAUAAUGAGAUGCAAGCAUCCCCUGGGAUGGCCAAGGAUGAAGACGCACUUGGAAUUAAGACUGAACUGCCAAACAACAUUUAUGAAUUAGAGGAGUGCGGUGCUGAGUCCUUCAUGUAUGGCAACAUGCUCCUGGUGCCCGUACCUGCUGAGCUGGUCGCCAAAAAAGCGGACCAGUUGCCAAGAAGCGGAGCACGAAGAUCAGAUUCUGUUGAUUCUGGAUUCACUUCAUCCAAAGAGCAAGAUUUUGAAAUGGAAGUAGUCCCACCGCCAGAACCAACUUCAGUAAAAGAGAGUGCAGCACUGGACUUUAGAAAUCGUGACCUGAGAAGAGAAGCAAAACAAACUGAGCCCAUCAUUCCAAGAAGUGUCGAAGUUUUUUCCAUGCAUGUCACCGAAUCAAGGAGUGUUCCUGUUAGAGGUGAACAAAGACAAGAAGCCCCAAGUGCAAGUGCCAGCAGGGCCGUCAAUGUUCCUUCAGCUGCUCAACCUGGUAUUGGACCAAGAGCAGCCAACUCUGCAGGUUCCUUUGUUGAUCGUGACCCACGCAGACGGCCUAGAGGUUUAAGUUUGGACACUGCACCAACUGUGAACCAACCAGGAGAUCGCAAUGUGCCCAGACGUCAAAGUUUGGACGUUCCUCCAGGAGCGAGCCAAACAAUAGGUUUUCCUCGUUCAGAGCGCAGUGAGCAUCUAAAUCCGGGCGUGGACAUACCACCAAGAGCAAACCAAGCAAGAGAUAUCGAUGGCACAACCGUCAAUGUAUUGUUAGCUGUUCAACCCUUAUUGCAAGAUAAUGAACAUAACACAUCAAACCCUUUGGCUGGACAAGCCCCGGACAGGCUGCUAAGUUUGGAAACUGUGCUAACAGUGCAAGAACCGACAGACUUUCCGCCUGUAGAUCCUCGAUCGUAUAAGGAUGCUGAAAGGAAACCUGUUGAUUUGAAAAGGUUUGCUCCUUAUACUGCAGAAAACCCACGACUAGGUGAACUUCGACGAUCAGUUGAGGAGCCUUUCUCCUCCAUGUCACCCAUUGAUGAGUUUCUACAAGAGUCAAUUGCACCACUGCCUGCUCCACCACCGCUACCACUCGCUUUGCAGCCUUUGCUUUUGCCAUCUGCACUGCUUCCACAUGAGCAUGCCAAUGAUGAUUGCCGCAUAUGUAAUAUUAGGGCCUUCAGUUUUGACACAGCUGAGAUAGCAGGCGCUGAUCCUGAGACGAGUUCAUUAGUACCUGAAACCACCACCACCACUUUACAAAAAACAGCAGGUGCUGAAUCAAAUCAAAAUGAAACAACUUCUGCCAGCAGUACAAAUGAGCCUGGGGUGAAUCCUAAUCCAUUGCCUGCAAAUGGAGUCUCUAGUCAACCAACCAUCGACGUAACUGCUCGUCCAAAUGGUAGCAGUGCCCAGACCUCAACUAUUUGCCCAAGAAUUCCCUGCGCUCAAGCUGUUAAGUUUGCCAGCUAUAGAGCACCUCCACUCAGAAAGACGGCACCAUCACCUGUUGUACAAAAACCGAAUUUCCUUUUGAAGAAUGACGGCCAGAAAAAAGAUGAAAAAAGCAGUGAGGAAAAGAAAAAAUCCAGCCACUCAAGCAUUGCAAAACGCUCAGGUGAUAAGCCUUCAUCUACCAGGAGUCGUCGCAAAGAGAAGUCAGGAAGCAGUGGUGAAGAGAAAAAAUCCAGCCACUCUAGCAUUGCAAAUAGUUCAAGCUCAGGCGAUAAGCCUUCAUCUACCAGCAGUCAUCACAAAGAGAAAUCAGGGCAGUCUGGAAGUAGUUCGACCAGAAAAUCCUCUGCAUCAAAGUCCCAUCACAGUUCUAGGCACAGUGAGAAGACAAAGAAGCCUUUGGACCCCUCAAGCAAGAAAAAUACAGAUCAAAUUUCAACAGCUCCAGGUGGUGAUGAGGAACGAGAGGGACAGCCGACGAGGAAGAAGCCAAAGAAAUCUUCCUCAAGCAGAGGCGAGUCCUCCAAGGACAAGGUGGCCAAACUGCCUAGCACUGAUGUAGAUGUCCGGUCCUCAUUGGAUGUAUCGAAAUCUUCCACUAAACAGCCUGAUUCUAAAGAAAAAUCAAAGGAUAGUGAGGCUGCCGCACCAAUGCAAUCUUCGGCAAACUGUCUUCCAAAAGAGCAGCUGAAUAGUACUCAGGCUUCUUCGAAACCAGCUGUUGAAGUUGUUACGGACACCCAUAGGCCAAAAGCCAUCCAAAUGAGCUUGCCCAUCCAGCCAAAAAUUUCGGCUGUUUAUCGCAGUGACGAUGAAAGGGAACAGAUAAGAAAAGAUUUGGUUGCUCAAUUGAUGGUUUAUAGAAAACAAAUUGAUGAGGAGGAGGAAAAAGAAAAAUUAAUAAAACGUCAAAUUCCCCUUGCCACAAAUCAGCCAAAAAGUCCGUUGUCAGAAAACUUGAAAGACGAUGUGCUUGAGAAAAUGAAGCAUAAUUUCAAAGAAAAUGAGGUUGCUGAUGAUGUAAGAAAUAACCUGGGAGGGAAGAUAGGCAAACAAAACACCGCCUGGCAAUCAGAGUUGCUGUCACCCCCUUUGUGCGAUCAACUGCCUGUUGCACCUCACUUAACGGAACUUAUUGUAAUGCCUGCCAUGGGAAGUAGGUCUUCAAAUCGUUCAAGAGGUGAUGACAGUGAUGAAGAUUGGCCCAGAAAGCAGAGUAAGCGCUUGAGAGAUAUAAGCAGCGGAAGCAGCAGUGAUGAUACAUACAAAAGGCGUUCUAAAAGAAGUAAAAAUCAAAAGAUGGCUAAAGGCUCGGAAAAACCCAGUACAUCUAGGGGACCUGCUAAAAAGAAAUCCAGGAUUUCUAGCUCCGAGGACAGUUUCUCUGAAAAGGAAUUGAGCAGUGACGACUCGGACGACCUGUUCCAGCCCAAAAAGAAAAUUGUGAAGCCCCUUCCAAAAUCAUCCGACGAUGACAAUGUGGAAAAUAUAGAAGAAACGGAUGAAAACUUGGCAAGCAUGGAAGAAGAAGAAUCCAAUAAACAAAUCUGUCGAGAAGAGGAAGAUGCACCCAUGCCGUCAGCUGAUGAUGUUUAUGAACUCUCCGGGGAUGAGAUUUUCGAUGAUGAUUGUAUGGUCGUCGAUAUUGUUGAAAAGGCCCCUGCAAGCAUCAAUGAUGUCUACAAUGCAAUCUUUCCCAUGUUUCAUUUUAUCCAAGCAUCUGCAUGCCUUGACACAACAGCAGGCCAAGCCGGUCCUUCCUUCACUGGGUAUUACACUAAUUUGCCCAAAGCUCCUGUUGCCGAACAAAUUGAAGAAGUGGAAACUGUAAGCAUAGAAAUUCAGCCUGGACUUAUGAGAAUUGUGGAGGUGGACAAUGACAUAGAAGUACUACCUACCAAGCCAAAAGAGCCUGCUGUGGUAGUUGAUCUGGCUGAUGUAGAGUCGCAAGAACUGAGUGGAACACCUGAAGCCAAGAUUUCACCUGCCACGUUGACAGAACGACUGGAGGGUGGUGUCCAACUGAAAUCAACUGAUAUGCAAUCCACCCCUGCACCUCCUCCAACUGUUGUUAGCCCAGCCAAAGAAAAAUCCAUUUCACCAGUUGCCCGACAGCCUGCAAGUCUGACACCUAUCGAGGCUCCUUUGCUCCUCGAACAUGAAAAGUCCAGAGGGGAGAAAGAAGCAAGGAAAAGCCAAGAUAAGCAGAGUGAAAAAACUCCAGAGCAUGCCGAAGUUCACCGGUACAGACAUUCGAGCAAGCACGGUAAAGAACACUCAGGAAAAUCUGGCCAUGACAACAAGGACGGUAGAGCCGCCAACAAGAAAUCUGAUGAUCAAAAGAGUCGCCACAAAAGUGCUGAAAAAGUUCCUUCUUCAAAAGGUGCUGAAACUCAAGAUGAAGAAAAGAGGAAAAGAGAUAAAGAAAAAAGGCGUCAGGAAGAGCGGGCCGAGAGAAAGAAAAAAGAAGCAGAGGCGUCUGAAAAACGGCGCAAAGAGGAAGGAAGUGUCAAGAAAGGCCCUGAAGUUUCUGAUAGGGAUGCGGAAAAAAUGUCAAAACGAGAAAAAGAAGACGACGACGCCGCUAGAAAAUUGAGGCAUGAGGUUGAGAGGAAAAGGAAGGAGGAGAAGAAGAGAAAAGAAUCUACGACUGACAGAAAAAGCAAAGACCAUAUCAACGAGAAAACAAGCAAAGAAUCUGAAGCUGCACGGCAAAAAAGGGAGGCCGAAAGAAAAAGACAAGCACUGGUUGGAGGACAUCAUACAAAAGGAACCUGCACCAUGACUUCGGAAUCAGUUGAAAAUUUUCCUCCAAUUACUCCAGCCAUUGGGGUACAAGGCACAAAUCCACAAGCUCCUUCGACAAGCGGAACACAAUCAAAUUCGAGGGCACAAAUGGCCACCCCUGCGCCUGAUGCUGGAAGAGUUGCACUGCCUACUUCGCAGAUAUCUGUCGUACGUCCACCGUCCGCAGCCCCUAAUGGGACACCAUCCACCAUUGGGCAGCAGACGGGGAGGGUCUCUGCAUGGCAAAAAAGGGAGGCCGAAAGAAAAAGACCAGCACUGAUUGGAGGACAUCAUACAAAAGGAACUGAAGCUUCAAAAAAACCAUUAGAACAGGAGGCUGGUAGAAACAAAUUGACUGAAGAAGAGAGAGCUGUGGCUGCACGGAAUGUAAGGGAGGCGUGUGAAAAAAUUCAGAAAGAAAUCGAGGAGAGAAAAGUAGCUGCUAAAAAACUAGAAGAAGAGGCUGAGAAAAAAAGGGUUGCUGCCGAGGAGGAGAAAAAGAAAAGAGAAGCCGAGCUGGAAAAUGAGAGGAAAAGGAAAGCUGAUUUGGAGGAGCAAAAGGAAAAAGAAACUGAGCUGGAAAAUGAGAGGAAAAAGCAAGCUGCCGCAGAGGAGCAAAGGAAAAAAGAAAUCGAGCUGGAAAAUGAGAGGAAAAGGAAAGCUGAUUUGGAGGAGCAAAAGGAAAAAGAAGCUGAGCUGGAAAAUGAGAGGAAAAAGCAAGCUGCCGCAGAGGAGCAAAGGAAAAAAGAAGCUGAGCUGGAAAGUGAGAGGAAAAGGAAAGCUGAUUUGGAGGAGCAAAGGAUAAAAGAAGCUGAGCUGGAAAAUGAGAGGAAAAGAUUAGCAGCCGAGGAAGAGGCAAAGAAAAAAUUGGCUGAGCAAGAAAGAAAGAGGAUACAAGAAGCUGCUGAAAAGAAAAAGCAACAGGAAGCUGCAGCGGAAGAGGAGAGACGACGCAAGGAGGAAGCUGAAAAGGCAGCGGAGGAAAAGAAAAUUGCUGCAGAGCAGAAGCAAAGGGAAGCUGAAGAGAGGGAGCGCAUUGCAGAGCUGGAGAGAGCCACAUUGAGCCUCGUGGAUGCUGUAGAGGGACAGGACACAAAUCAAGGACCUUCUUCGGCGCCGCAGUCUAACCAAGCACCGCAAACGCAAGGUCAGACUGGGGCAGCUCUGUCUGCAACUGAAAAGUAUCCCAAUGUUGCAAAACUUCCAAUCCAUGAGAGUGGCUUUAUGCCUGAAUGGGACCCUGAUCUAAUUAAGGCUGCCCAGCAGUCGCAAUUUUCCAAUGCCACUCGUCAGACAUCUCCCUCAAGUGUGGUCGACUACUUGGAAUUGCUUGGAAAGGAAACCAACAUUUUCAAUAUGGGUCCAUUGAAUACAAGCUCUCAAAGGGAGCAGCAGAAAGGCGCAACUCACACUCACACGCAGAGAGUGAAUUUCAAGGUUGAUGUGAAGGCAGAAACUUACUCCAGAGAAUUGCUGACAACCUUUAAACAGUUCGUCUCGUUUGAACCGUGGCUGAAGAACAGCAUCCCCAAGAGCUGUGCUCAUUUCGACCUGAUGGUCAAAAUAGUCAUUCUGAUCAGGCAAAUAUGUGAGCCGAGUGAUCCAACCUUGAUUUCCUUCUUAGAAAAGAUGAGGCGCUGCUUGUCACCGGCAGUAUACAGAUUUUUGGUGGGAAUCAAGAAACAUGGCAAACAGACCUUCUCAAUUCCAGGAGCCCAGCAGGCACCAGCAAAUUGCUUCUUCCAGCCGUCGUCCAAAAGCGACAAAAUGAUCCUUGACGAAACACUGAUAAAACUGCAAGAUAGGACAAUUGAUACAGUUAUCAAAGACAACCAGCUCACUUUGAUACUUCCGAGCAUCAGUAACCACUACUACUCUGUGCUUUUGGCUGCUGCUGUUACCGAAUAUUUCCAAAGUGUUGCCUCAAGACCAGCCGCUGCACAGGUGACCGCACCACAAAAACCAUCAACGUCCAGACCCUUAAAUACUUCAGUUGCCACUGACAUGAAUACAAUCAGACAGAGAUUUGCUUGCACCGUGACUUCGGAAUCAGUUGAAAAUUUUCCUCCAAUUACUCCAGCUAUUGGAGUACAAGGCACAAAUCCACAAGCUCCUUCGACAAGCGGAACACAAUCAAAUUCGAGGGCACAAAUGGCCACCCCUGCGCCUGAUGCUGGAAGAGUUGCACUGCCUACUCCGCAGAAAUCUGUCGUACGUCCACCGUCCGCAGCCCCUAAUGGGACACCAUCCACCAUUGGACAGCAGACGGGGAGGGUCUCUGCACUCAACACAAGUGCAACGGCCGUGUGCAGCUCUCCUAGAGUAAGCCAGCCAAUACCUUCUCCAAGCACAGCCAACAUUAGUCCUCCUGCAAGAACUCCAGUCUCCGUCCAAGGUCAAUCCUUCCAAAGCAGCAGCAAUUUUGGGCCUGCGGAAAACAGGAGAGCUCUUCCAACUCCAGGUCAAGCUUUCUCUUCUGGACGCCCAGAGAGCGCAAGAAUCCCUCCAACAAGGACUCCCGCACCAAUGCAAAGCCCUGCUCCGAUGCACACUGGCACUAAUUACGAGAGGCAACGAUCUGAGCCAGUGCAGAACAGAAUUGCUCCCCCAACAACUCUACCGAAUCCACCUUCUGCUGGAGUCGGCCAUGGCCACCGUCCAGUUGCACCCAUGACUCUUGGGCCGAACGCAAUCAACAUCAGGGUUGCUCCAAGUGGCGGAGAAAUUUCAAACACCUUGAACACUUUUUAUGUUGACCCAAGGCAGUCGUUCCUCGUCUUAACGCCAAGUUACCAGAAUCAAAGCACGACAGCGAUGCAACCUCCUCAGGCAUGCCAUCGUCCUCAAAACCUUCCGACGCCCUACCCGCUGCAACAGCACUACCAAAUUCAACCACCCUUACCGCCGCCACCCCAACCCCAACCGCCGCCACCUCCACCAACACACUCUCAAUUAGCAGCACCGCCGAUGUCUGUUCCUGCCCAGGAGCCCUUUGUAGGCCCCAUCUACCCGCUGCCCAACCACGUCCGACCGCAACCUUACGCCACUCGUCCAGCUGAACUCUCGGCCGAAGAACAGAUUGAGCAGGCAGUUGCACGACAGCAGCAGAGGGAGUGGCACCGAAGAAUGCAGAACCAGAAGCAGCAAGCUCAGCAGCAAAAUUACAUUCCACCUCAGCAGCCCAUGCAGCCGCAGACCAACAAUGAGGUGGUGAACAUGGACAUUGACCAGGACGAAAGCGACAAUAGCGCUCGCAUUGACAUGAUGCUUCAAAACAUACAGAUGAGGCCUGCAACACCCGCAACCACACAGCAGAUGAAUAAGCGGAACCAAAUUAAGAAGUGCAUCACUUGUCAUGCGAGCAAAGUCAUGAUGAACCCCUGCCGAUCAAACUGCAAUUGUGGUGAUGAUUUCUGCUCCAAGGAGUGUUUGGAUGCCUUCCCAGGACAUGCCAGCAAUCGUCAACAGAUUUUUCUGAUGUAUCUCCAACAGCAAACAAAGGAUGGUCCUUCAGAAUCAUGAGCUAGCUCUAUUUAAGUUGUAAUUUAUGUUUUUCUGUAUGUAUUUUGUAAUUAAUUUAAUUAAUUCUUAAUUGACUGUACAAAUAUGUGAUCUCAAGUAUGCAAAUAAGAAAUAGAUAAAUAAUACUUAUAGUUCUUGUAAUGGAGCCAUGACUAUGGACCAUGAUCACAGUCAAUACUACAAAUUGUUCGUGCAAUCGUCUGAGUAGAAAAGCCAAAUGAAUUAAUAAUCAGAUGGGUUAAUGUAUGCCAAUCAUAAUCUAACUUAAUUGUAAGUUUCCAAGUUUUGUACAAAAAUUAAAUGUUACUUCUAUGAAUCAUGAAUCAA